CCUUCUUUCCCUCACUCGCAGCCAAGCGGAGCCGGCGGACGCGGCUGGGCCCCUAACCCUCCCCGGGCUAUGGCCGGCAAUGUGAAAAAGAGCUCUGGGGCCGGGGGCGGCGGCGGCUCCGGGGGUUCGGGCUCGGGCGGCCUGAUCGGGCUUAUGAAGGACGCCUUCCAGCCGCACCACCACCACCACCACCACCACCACCUCAGCCCCCACCCUCCGGGGACCGUGGACAAGAAGAUGGUGGAGAAGUGCUGGAAGCUCAUGGACAAGGUGGUGCGGUUGUGUCAGAACCCAAAGCUGGCGCUAAAGAAUAGCCCACCUUAUAUCUUAGACCUGCUGCCAGACACCUACCAGCAUCUCCGCACUAUCCUGUCAAGAUAUGAGGGGAAGAUGGAGACCCUUGGAGAAAAUGAGUAUUUUAGGGUGUUCAUGGAGAAUUUGAUGAAGAAAACUAAGCAGACCAUAAGCCUCUUCAAGGAGGGGAAAGAAAGAAUGUAUGAGGAAAAUUCUCAGCCUAGGCGAAACCUAACCAAACUGUCCCUGAUCUUCAGCCACAUGCUGGCAGAACUAAAAGGAAUCUUUCCAAGUGGACUCUUUCAAGGAGACACAUUUCGGAUUACUAAAGCAGAUGCUGCAGAAUUUUGGAGGAAAGCUUUUGGGGAAAAGACAAUAGUACCUUGGAAGAGCUUCAGACAGGCCCUUCAUGAAGUACAUCCCAUCAGUUCUGGGCUGGAGGCCAUGGCUCUGAAAUCCACUAUUGAUCUGACCUGCAAUGAUUAUAUUUCAGUGUUUGAAUUCGACAUCUUUACACGACUCUUUCAGCCCUGGUCUUCUUUGCUCAGGAACUGGAACAGUCUUGCUGUAACUCAUCCUGGUUACAUGGCUUUCCUGACAUAUGAUGAAGUGAAAGCUCGGCUCCAGAAAUUCAUUCACAAACCUGGCAGUUACAUUUUCCGGCUGAGCUGUACUCGUCUGGGUCAGUGGGCUAUUGGGUAUGUCACUGCUGAUGGGAACAUUCUCCAGACAAUCCCUCACAAUAAACCUCUCUUCCAAGCGCUGAUUGAUGGCUUCAGGGAAGGCUUCUAUUUGUUUCCUGAUGGACGGAAUCAGAAUCCAGACCUGACAGGCUUAUGUGAACCAACUCCCCAAGACCACAUCAAAGUGACCCAGGAACAAUAUGAAUUAUACUGUGAGAUGGGCUCCACAUUCCAACUGUGUAAAAUAUGUGCUGAAAAUGAUAAAGAUGUAAAGAUUGAGCCCUGUGGACACCUCAUGUGCACAUCCUGUCUAACAUCCUGGCAGGAAUCAGAAGGCCAGGGCUGUCCCUUCUGCCGAUGUGAAAUUAAAGGUACUGAGCCCAUUGUGGUUGAUCCCUUUGAUCCUAGAGGAAGUGGCAGCCUGUUGAGGCAAGGAGCAGAGGGAGCUCCCUCCCCAAAUUAUGAUGAUGAUGACGAUGAACGAGCUGAUGAUUCUCUCUUCAUGAUGAAGGAAUUGGCUGGUGCCAAGGUGGAACGACCUCCUUCUCCAUUCUCCAUGGCCCCACAAGCUUCCCUUCCCCCAGUGCCACCACGACUUGACCUUCUACAACAGCGAAUAUCUAUUCCUUCAAGUGCUUCUGGUCUUGGAACUGCUUCUAAGGCUCCUUCUGGCUCCCUUCAUAAGGACAAACCAUUACCAAUACCUCCCACUCUUCGAGAUCUUCCACCACCACCCCCUCCAGACCGGCCGUAUUCUGGUGGAGCAGAAACCCGGCCUCAGAGACGCCCCUUGCCUUGUACACCAGGCGACUGUCCGUCCAGAGACAAACUGCCCCCUGUCCCCUCUGGCCGCGCUGGAGAAGCGUCAUGGCUGCCUCGGCCAAUCCCCAAAGUACCAGUAGUUGCCCCAAACCCUAGUGACCCCUGGACAGGGAGAGAAUUAACCAACCGGCACUCACUUCCGUUUUCCUUGCCCUCACAAAUGGAAUCCAGAACCGAUGUGCCUAGGCUCGGAAGCACAUUCAGUCUGGAUACCUCCAUGAAUAUGAAUAGCAGCCCAUUAACAGGUCCAGAGUGUGAGCAUCCCAAAAUCAAACCUUCUGUAUCUGCCAAUGCCAUUUAUUCUCUGGCUGCCAGACCUCUUCCUGUGCCAAAGCCGCCACCUGGGGAGCAGUGUGAAAGUGAGGAGGACACAGAGUAUAUGACUCCUUCCUCUAGGCCUGUGGGACUUCAAAAGCCAGAAGUGAAGUGGCCCCUGGAGACAACCCAGAGUUCACGAGCCUGUGAUUGUAACCAGCAGAUCGAUAGCUGUACAUACGAAGCAAUGUAUAAUAUUCAGUCCCAGGCGGCACCGUCUGUCACAGAGAGCGGCACCUUUGGUGAAGGGAAUUUGGCUACAGCCCAUGCCAACACUGGCCCCGAGGAAUCAGAAAAUGAAGACGACGGGUACGAUGUCCCCAAGCCACCUGUGCCCGCGGUGCUGGCCCGCCGCACGCUCUCUGACAUCUCCAACGCUAGCUCCUCCUUCGGCUGGCUGUCUCUGGAAGGUGAUCCCACAACAAACUUCACUGAGGGUUCCCAAGUUCCUGAGAGGCCACCCAAACCGUUCCCUCGGAGAAUCAACUCUGAAAGAAAAGCAGGUAGCUGUCAGCAAAGCACUGCCGCCACCUCACCGCAGCUCUCCAGUGAGAUUGAGAGCCUCAUGAGUCAGGGAUACUCCUACCAGGACAUUCAGAAAGCUCUGGUCAUUGCCCACAACAAUAUUGAAAUGGCCAAAAACAUCCUCCGGGAAUUUGUUUCUAUUUCUUCUCCUGCCCAUGUAGCCACCUAGCACACCCCCUCCGUGCCGCAGCUUAGAGGACCAAGGAGCCAGGAGCUCUUGCUCGAGUAGCACCUAAAAGGGCAGAGAGGUUCCUUUGGAGACUUCACAAUGAGGUCUUGCCCUGUGUGGGAUAUCACAUCUGUGGUUCCAAGAUUUCAAAGCAGUGGAAUGAGAAUGGAGCAGCUAGGAUGUUUUAUUAUUUUAUUUGUUUUGAGAGUGCAUUUGAAGGUGUCCUUCAGUCCCUCCCCACUUGGAGAGAGUGUGGAUUUUUAUUAAAUGGUAGCCUACCUGGGGAACGGUCCAGAAAGCAGUAGGAGAAGCACUGUGCUGUAAAUCCUAAUUGAGGGCUUAAGACUUUCUUAGGUUAAGGAUGUGGUCGUGUGCGUCUUGUCUGUCUGUCUGUCUGUCUGUCU